CUUUUGCGGACCGGUACCGGGCCACGGACCGGUACCGGGCCGCGGCCCGGUGGUUGGGGACCACUGCUUUAGGGGACCUGUUUUUUUGUCCCCAUACCGUCAGAGGUCCCCUAAAGGUGACUGUGUAAACAGACAGAUGUCCCCAUUAAGUAAGCAUUGCCAGAACACACACACACACACACACACACACACACACACACACACACACACACACACACACAAUGGCAAGAUCCAUCCGAGUGGACAGUACCACGAGUGUCCCCCCACCCGCCUUAAGCCCCAUGCUGACCUCCCUUGCAGGGCGUCCUGUGCUGGCUGUGCUGAGCCCGGUAGCCCUCCACCACCUCCCACUCUCCGCUGUCUCUCUUGAUGGGGAAGUUGACGCUCAGGACGUGGUUGCACGGCUUGAUGAUCCGCAGGAUCCCGCGGACUCGCUUCCGCUUGUUCUCGACACUUUCCCGGGUCUUCAGGUCGUCCACCAGCUUGUUCUCCACGAUGGCGGCGCCGCGGUCGAAGAAGCCCUCCACCAUGGUGAAGAAGUUGGGGUCGUCGUCCCGGUCCACGGCCGAGGAGUAGUCGCGGCACCGCAGCCGAGACGCGGACGCCGGGAGAACCGACUCAGCGGCGCCCAGCCAGCCGCUCGUCCCCCGGGCAAGCAGCCCUACGAAGUUCCGGUACAUUUUGGUUCUUUUUAAAGCUAGAAAAGUUCCAACAAGACGACGGGACGGAGCUAGAAAGUCAACACGGAAAUGGAAGCAAAGAACUCCUCCUCUUUUUCUUCCGUUUCUUCUUCCCGCUCCUCCUUUUCUUCUUCUUCUUCCUCCUUUGUGACCAACUUCACCUUCAUCGAGUCAACAUCCGACACCUGGCUAAUGUUAGCUUAGCAUUAGCUUCCAACGCUAACUUGGUUACACACCUGUGUGCAUCUUGUGGCUAACUUCAGCAUCAAACUCUGCGUCGUUACGUCAUUCUGUGCGUCGUAACUUUGAACUUAAAACUCUGAAUUCUGAGAGUAUGGUAACGUUGGCGUUCUCAGUAGACUAGCUUUAAUCGUAGCACCGAAUUAUGUACUCGAAGCUGCAGACUUCGGCGCUACAGUUAGCUUAGCUUAUCCUAGCUUGACUGUAGCCCUGUUGCUAGGCAACAGCACUUAAAUGACAGCAGCAAGCAACAAAUUAAAUUUUUCCAAGAUCAGUACAUUUUUCAAUACAUUGUCAUGCUAAGUCAACGACAUAACCAUUAGGGAUGUGAAUCUUACACCAACUUACAAUUCAAUUCGAUCCUAUUAUUCGGACGAUUCGAUUCAGAAUCUAUUCUCAAUUCAGAACGAUUUUCACAAUAUAUUAUUUGUCAUAUAGAUGGGAAUAAAGAAUUGGUAAUAAUAAAUAAUAAUGGUUUCGUUCUCAGUAGCUUAGCUGUCGCACGGAAGUCUGUAGCUGUGAGUAGCAUUUUUGUUGAAAAUGUCUUUUCACAUUUACGAUAAAUUGUAAAGUGUAACACGACUUAAAUGACAGUAACGAACAACAAAAGUUUUUUGUUUCAUAGAUAAGUACAUUUUUUAUAACACUGUCAUGCUAAGUCAACUACGUAACUAUUAAAGAUUGAAUUUACGAUUCAAUUUGUUCCAAUCUAUUCUCAAUUCAAAACAAUUUUCACAAUAUAUUAUUGGGAAUAUAAAUGAUAAUAGAACAUUUUGAAAAUAUGGUAACAUUAGCGUUCUCAGUAAGAGAGCCGUAGCACUGAAGUCUAUAGCUUUGAGUAGCAUUCAUGUUGAAAAUGUCACGAGUAUAACAUGACUCGAGUGACAGCAACGAACAACAAAUUGUUUUUUUCAAAGAUAAGUACAUUUUUCAAUACAUUGUCAUGCUAAGUCAACUACGAAAUCACUACGGAUGUGAAUCUUACACCAACUCACGAUUCAAAUUCGAUUCCUAUUUUUGGGGUGAUGAUUCGAUUCAGAGUCUAUUGUCAAUUCAAAACAAUUUUCCCAAUAUUUUGUUCGGCCUUUAAAAGGUAAAAGAAUUAUGAGAGUAUGAUAACGUUGACGUUCUCAGUAGCUUAUCUGUAACACUGAAGUCGGUAGCUUUGAGUAGCAUUUUUGUUGAAAACGUCAUUUCACAUUUACGAUAAAUGUUGUCAAGUGUAACACGACUUAAAUGACAGUAACGAACAACAAAAGUUGUUUUUUUCAUAGAUAAGUAAAACAUUUUAAUACACUGUCAUGCUAAGUCAACUAUGUAACUAUUAAAGAUGUGAAUCUUAAAACAUCUCACGAUUCAAUUUGUUUCCAAUUCCUGGUGGACGAUUUGAUUCAGAAUCUAUUCUCAAUACAAAACAAUUUUCACAAUAUAUUAUUGGGCAUUUAAAUGAUGAUAACAUUUUUUUGAAAAUAUGGUAAUAUUAGCGGUCCCAGUAACUAUAGCUGUACCACUGAAGUUUGUAGCUUUGAGUAGUAUUCACGUUGAAAACGUCACUUCAUAUUUACGAUGAAUGUUGUCAAGUAUAACACGACUCAAAUGACAGCAACAAACAACAAAUUGAGCAUGUGCGAGCGGCCAAAGAUCCACGUCUUCCUGGGGGCCCCUCCCUCCACGCCUGGCCCCGCCUCAGUGUCUGACUGCGGCAUGGAGAGGGGCGGGGGACCAUCCGGCCGCUGGCGACACCUGGAGCUCACCUGGCGGGAAGGGCGGCUCCUCCCUGCAGAUGCAGAAGGAGCGCAUCAUCUCCCACCAGACCAGAACGAGGAUAAAACCGCAGAUGAGGGUGGUUUAGCCUCAAGAACCAAAUGGACCAGAGAGACCUUCAAAGAACAUCGCUCGCACGCCGGCGAGGAAGAGCGUCCUGCGGUUUCAGUUCACGAGUAUCUGGACUCAUGUUUUCCUGCCGCGCAACAAGAAGAAACUCGAGAACAUUCACGCCACAAUCUGUCUGUUGGCAGCCAGUUUCUCGCAACCUGGACUCUGAGUCAAGCGUUGAUUCUUAGGGAUUCCCAAUCAGCCAGCAGCCCCCACCAGAGCCCUCAAAAACCCACCCAAACAUCGCCGUCCGACUCCUCCAACACGCCGGAGCUCUUCAGUCCAUUAACUCGCUCUCCCGGGAGUUCCGGUGAGCUCUUCAGUCCGGAGCGGCGGGCGGAGCAAGGGGGCGUGGUCUUGGAGACAACCUCACAUGGAGUGUUGUGCUCCCAGGAGGACAACAGUCCGCCCUCCAGUCCCGAACUCAAAAGAACUCGCCUCGCUGAGGACGACAGGAUCGAGGCGUCGGACGGAAUCGGCACGGCCGGGGAUCGUGGUUCCACCACACUUCUCGCCCAGUGUGCUCGAGCGGCGGAUCGGUACCAGGUCCUGGUCGCCGUCGUACAUCCGUGUCAGCUGAAAGAGGUGAAGGUGAAGUCCGGACCCUCCACCGGGACCCUGAUCCCUCUGGCCACCAUGGUGGUGACGGACCAGUCGUCCGUGGACAUGAAGGUGGUGCUGUGGCGGCAGGCGGCAUUCUGGGCCUUGGCCGUCGGCGUUGGAGACGUUGUGUCUAUAACAGGCCUGCGGCUGCACGAGGACACCUGGAGGGGAGAGAAGGUACUGCAGUCCACGUUCAGCAGCAAGCUGCUCAACUUGGGCCACAUUGGUUCAGCCACCUGUCCCUCAGGUGGUCAUCAGGUUCAUGCCCGCCGCGUGGCGUCUCUCUGUGACUACCUUCAGGAGCGGCGCCCCCUGUUGCUGUCUGUGCCGCCCCGCCCGCCUCAGGACUUGAGGCGGCUGCCGUACACCCCCCUGUGGGCGCUGAGGGUCAACACGCUGGUUCACGCCGUGCUGCGUGUCAAACACGCGCACGUCAGCGCGGAGUGGCGAGGAGAGGCGGAGUCUCGCUGCAGGUCGGCUCUCGAGCGUCAGGCUGUCGCGACCGUGGAGCAGGCGGACGGCCGGCGGGGGGCGCUGCUGCUCUGGGGGGCAGCUCUGGACUGGCUGCCAGACUUCAGGACACAUAAAGACUCUGUCUGGGAUGUCCGAGUUCUCCUGGUAAGAGAAGGCUUGACGUCUGACCUCCCGGAGCUUCACACCACCCCCUGGAGCUCCAUCCGGCGUGUGGACGCCGCCGACAGCAGGCUGCAGGACUUCAUGCGUGGAACCAGCAGCUGUGUGGACCUGGAUCUGGACACGCUGCUCUCCCAGAACUACUCAGGAGACGUGGAGCUCAGAGUCCAGAUCGUCAGCUUCGGCUUCCAGCCUUCCCACAAUGCACCACAGCCGACCCUGGACAGCUCCACGCCGCAGCCCGGCGUCCUGGCGGCACUCGGCGGCGACAUCACAUACUCAGGCUGCGGCCGCUGCUCUGCCGAACUGGAGACCGACGCCAACGGAAUUUAUAGCCCUUGCUACCCGUGCCUGCCCUACACCGCCGUGCGCCGCUACUACAGGCCCGGUGUGUUGACAGCUGUGAGUGGGCGGGGCAACCGUAGCGUGUGCAUCCAGGUUCCUGCCCUCGCUGUCCAGAAGGUUCUAGAUGCUCCGCCUGACGAGCUUCACAGGUGCUCAGCGCCAGGUUCUGAAGUGAAGCAGAUCCAGGUGGUUGCACAGAGGCUGCAGAACCUCCUGAGCCUUCCAAAGAAGACCGUCAUCGUCUCGGUGCGCAGCCUCUUCCUGCGUGACGAGAACAGCGUCCCCAUUAGUCAGGAGCUAACACUGCUGGACCUCCACUUUGCCCACGCGUGAAUUGUCGCCCGGCGAACCUGCUGGACCACCUCGGGUCAGGCCAGAGCACCGACCAGAAAGUGGGUGUGUCUAUCUCGUCAGGAUCAACCUGUUCCACCUGCUUGGGCGGCUGGUUUUUGGACCUGCUGCAGGGCUGGUGAGUCACCCUAGAAACUCACAACAACAUCAACAUACACGCCCUUGUAAGCAUAAAUGUUGAGGUAUUUUAGUUCUUGCGACUCUGCGGCUUCAUUCUCAUUAACAAGGGAAAUUGUUUAACAAUUUCCCUUGUGGAUCGUUAAACUUUGUUUAAGUCUAAGUCUAUGUUUGGCGGCCAUGGCUAGCAUCCUGUUUUGUUUUUUUACGUAGCAGGUGUGACUAGUUUAUCAGCAUGAUUGACAGGGUGUGUUUGUUUACCAGCAAAGUGUCUUUAAGAGACCGUCCCAGAAAUACACAAAUUGGCAUAUCACACACAUGACCAAGGUAGUAUUGGAAUCAUUUAUUUCAGAUGAUGGUUUAAUGAUACAUUCUCAGUUGAGUGCUCGACAGCAUUUUCUGUCAACGUAAGCCAAUUAAGGAAAAACAGGGUCAAAGGUUGAAUCGGGCACUUGUUUUCAGCCGGAAGCUUUAGGAUGUGAAGCUUCAGUUGACUGAGGAGGACGCCUGCCGAGUUCUAGUCAAACAAUUUUCCGACGACGUUCCCAAUCCCUGUGCAAAAAGGAAGACAAGAAGUUGACUUUGGGUGACAUCGCAGCUGCAUCGUGCGUUGACUGAUUCUACAGAGCCCUGAAUGACUGAAGGUCCCGUCAGAGUUGAGGACUUACCUCCUCCUCCUCCGCUUUCGUCCUUUCCGCCGCCCAUGAGCGACAUGACGUUUCCAAGUCCCCCCUUGUUGUCAUUGCCAUUGCCUCCAACUAGGGAUCCCAGGUCCAGUCCGUUAUUGUCAUUUUGGUCCUGCUCUCCUUUUCCUCCUCCUCCUCCCAUCACCUUAUUCAUAGCAUCUUCCACAAUGUCUUCUGCAAAACAAACUUCAGUCACUUAAACUCGCCUGGAGCACAUUUGCCAGACGAACAUGCACUGAUGGUGCUCGGGGGGGUUGCAAGGAAGCAGCAAGUUGAGAAAAGUAAAAAUGUUUACUAACCUACUUUGUCUCCAGCUAAUUUGCCAAUAGCCUCCGCACCCAGUGAGCUUUUAAGAAAAUUCAUAUUUGAUGACAGACAACACGAGGAAGGGUGCUCUUAUAGUGUCAGCUGUCUGCAUAACAGCAGGUGACGCCCUGCUGAGGAAUCAGGUGGGGCAGUAGCGAGCCACAACCCAACCGGUGGUACAGGUUGGUAGUGUGAACACUUUCUCAUGUUCUCCAUGCACGCUCACAUGUUGGAAGGAUCAAACAGGUGGCAACACCUUUAUUUUCCGUCCCCAAAUACAAAACAAGACAUUGUACUUAGAGAUGUCCGAUAAUGGCUUUUUUGCCGGUAUCCGAUAUUCCGAUAUUGUCCAACUCUUAAUUACCGAUUCCGAUAUCAACCGAUACCGAUAUAUAAAGUCGUGGAAUUAACACAUUAUUAUGCCUAAUUUAUUUGUGAUGCAUUAAACCAGGGGUGUCCAAACUUUUUCCACUGAGGGCCGCACAUGGAAAAAUUAAAGCAUGCGGGGGGCAUUUUGAUAUUUUAUUAAUUUUUUUUACCUUUAGGGCUCCCGGGGACCAUAAAGGGUCUCAGUCAUUAAAAUGUUAAAAAUAAGUCAAAUUAUUAUUUUUUUAUUUUAUUUAACACUUACAGUAAAUCUCUAUAUCAACUUCGGGUUGAUAUGAAGUAAAAAAAUGCCUUUUUUGUCAAAGACAACAUUUCAUUUUUUUAUAGUAAAGCUGAAAUAUGCAGUAUUUAGUAAUUAGAGCCAUAAUCAAUAAUACAGAACACCAUUGAUUCAUUAUUAUUUUUGAGUAAUCACAGUGUAAAGAUAAAUAAAAUUCCACUAAAUAUCUUUGGGAUCCAAAAGGUGCCCCACUCAUAAAAUGAUACAUUUAUUUAUUUAUUUUUUACUUUCAACACGAGAUCAACUUCAGAUAUAUCUGUUAAUUUUACGUUUUUUAACUAUUAUUUUGGUUUGUUUUAUGCUUUGUUUGAUGUUUUUAUAUGGCAACCACACAAUAUAUGCAAUAUUUUUUCCACACAAAACGUUUUAAAGUGACAUUUUUGAAGUAAUUGGAGAAUUAAAAAUAAUUCAUUAUAACAUUGAUUUUUUGGUAAAACAUUUUUUGGAGCAAUGGCAAAAAAAGAAAAAUGAAGAAAGACAAAAGAAAAAAAAUAGCCUGCACGGCAGCUUUGUGUCAACUGCAUUCCACUUUCUAAAAUGUUUUUAUUUUAUUUUUGCAAUAGCAUUUCCAGAAUGUGUGGCGGGCCGGUAAGCAAUUAGCUGCGGGCCGCAAAUGGCCCCCAGGCCGCACUUUGGACACCCCUGCAUUAAACAAUGUAACUUUAUCAUGAAUUGAUUAACGUGGACCCCGACUUAAACAAGUUGAAAAACUUAUUCGGGUGUUACCAUUUAGUGGUCAAUUGUACGGAAUAUGUACUGUACUGUGCAAUCUACUAAUACAAGUUUCAAUCAAGCAAUCAAAAACAAGGUUUUACAAAAUAAGAGAACAACUUCAACUCCAGUUAUGGGAAAAAAAGCCCAACAUGGCACUGCCAUAUUUAUUAUUGAAGUCACAAAGUGCAUUAUUUUUUUUAACAUGCCUCAAAACAGCAGCUUGGAAUUUGGGACAUGCUCUCCCUGUUUUUGUUCUGUUGUGUUACGGUGCGGAUGUUCUCCCGAAAUGUGUUUGUCAUUCUU